UGUAGUGCCACCACACACCAGACCUCUUCUCACUACAGCUGAAACAAUGACAUAUCAGGAAGAGUUUUUCUCUCUGUAGCUGUGAAGAAUAAUUUUGAGUGGAUCCACAGCUCUCUUGGGUGUGAUAAUUGAAUCGGGCGUACUGUACUUUUUUCUUUUUUUCUUUUUGUGUCGGUGGAUUGACACUUUAUAAUCGGGCGUCCAUGGUUAAUGUACAAACCCCUAAGAUAUGGUCAGACAUCGUAGUCAAAUACAUGGCUCCUGCAUGUGCUGAGUCCUCUGCAAUCGUCAUCUCUGCAGCGCCCCGUGGAGUGUGCUGGUCCGGCACAGGCAGCUCUUAUCCUGCUUCACUGGCUUCAGCUGAGCCGCUGUGUCAGAGGCUUCUGUGACGGAGCAGUCUGCUGUGUGAGAACCUCAGUUCUGGAUCACAGGCGGCCUUAGGCAAUGCUUAAUGUGGAUGUUAUGGCAGCUGGUCUGAAUCCUCAGAUUUCUACCAUGCCAAGAUAAGCUGGAUAUCCUUCCAUGGUGUCGACUUGUCUGUUGAACCCGGACCCUCCCCGCUGUAGUUCCGAACAGCUCUCUGGAACUUGUCCGUCUUGUCUUUUCUGUUGGGAUAUAUAUAGGCAGCUGGUUUUCAUGCUUCCUCAUGGCAUGCUGUUUAAAGUCCCGCCACCAUGGAAGCUGGACGCCUAACACCCCUCUUGCAGAUGAUGAAGCUGAGCAGCACCACAGCACUAUGGUGGGAGAGGAGGACAGCACCGGGGACACCACCCCUCCCCCAAAGCGUAAGGGAAAGUUCUCCACCCUGGGCAAGAUCUUCAAGCCGUGGAAGUGGCGGAAGAAGAAAAGCAGCGACAAGUUCAAGGAAACUUCCGAAGAACUGGAGAGAAAGAUGUCGACGAGGCGUACGCGGCAGGAGCUUAUAGAACAGGGGGUGCUGAAGGAGGUCCCAGACCAUGAAGCAGAUUCACCGAACCUGAAGCAGCACUACGUGAAGAACGGCCACACACUGCCUGUUAGUGCGGGGGUCGGAGGAGGAGGAGGAGGAGGAGGAGGAGGAGGAGGAGGAGGAGGAGGAGGUGGCAGGAGUCCAUGCAGCCAGGGCAAACCCCCCUCAGAGUCGGACUUUAGGAUGAACCCCGCCUGGCUCGGCCAGCCAGACGACCGCAGAAUCCGCUCUCCCUCGGACGGGGACCGCCGGGGACCUCCAGGCUCCAGGGGCACGGGACUGCAUGAAGAUGUGCGCAGAGGGGGAGGGAUGGGGCCACGUCCACACGUAGAGGGCGAGUGGAAGCCUAACAUGGUCUGGCAGGGACAGAUUCACGGACAGAUGGAGGAGGGCCGACGCGGAGGCAGGCUCCACCCCGAUGACGCGCAGAAGAAGCCUGGGCUGCAGAAGGCCCCUUCGGAGGACGGCAGGAGGAGUCGGCCUGCAGAAGCGGACUGGAAGCCAACGCUCCCCCGACAUGCGUCUGCUGAGGAGGGGAGGGCCCGCAGAGAAUCAGACAGCCAUUUUGUCCCUGACCCCGAAGCCCUGCGGGACGCCUUGCAGAACACCCUGCGUGAACCUCUGCCACCAAAACACUCUGUCAUGCCUCCAAAAUGGCUAAUGACUUCCGCCCCUGAAGCUGGUGGCAAGGGUUCACCUCGCACGCCAUCCAACCACCCCGCAGGCCAGUACUCUCCGUCGCCCGUGGCGCCCAAACCUGUCCGGACCAUCUCGUCUGCAGGGACGUCCACCCAGCAGUCUUCAGGUGGAGCCCAGACUUCCACCUCCCAUGGCACCAAGCAGCCCCCUCUACCCCCACCCAAACCUGUGAACAGGGGAAACGCCCCCAUGCUGGUCUCCGCCCUGCAGGGGGGAGAGAACGCUCAGCUUCCUCUCUACUGGUCCUGCUGGAAGCGAGAGUGCGACUACGAUGUCUACCUGUCGCUGCCCGUCUACCUGUGCCGGCGGGCCGGAGGCCUGCGCUCAGGUGACUUCACUCAAGCCACUGGAGGUGCCAGCCUUGUGCCAGCCAAGCCCUCUCCACCCAUGCCUCCUAAGAGGACCACCCCCGUCACUAAGCGCAACACGGAGGACUCAAACCAUCCCCUCAUCCCCUCCCCGCUUUCUAUUGAGGACCACAGCAACCUCCCUAUGGGCUUUCAGCUGCCACCCCCUCCUGCCUCCCCUCCUCUGCCGACACACAGACCACCUUCACCUCCCCGCCAACAAAUACACUCCCACCACCUCCACCAUCAGCACUCCUACCCCCACCCACUGCCCCAGCCCAUACCCAUGCUGUUUGACCCACCGAGCCCCACCAAUGACUCCCCUCAGCGCCCUGCUCCCGUCCCGCUGCAUAUCAUGAUCCAGCGGGCGCUGUCCAGCCCCGGCCCAGCUCAGCCACACCCCAACGGGUCGCAGCGCGCGCACACGCUGCUGUUCGACACCCCUCCGGACUACCAGGGGGGGCGCCCCCUUCCCGUCAGCAUCCAACCACUAAAACUAUCUGAAGAUGACUACUCAGAGGAAGACGAAGAAGAAGAAGAGGAGGAGGAAGAUGACGAGGAAGAGGAAGAGUAUGAUGGGGAGAUCCCACAGCCAGAGCUAGAGCCACGGAGUCGCAGGUGCUUUGUCGGAGACGCUGGUGUUUGCGUCAUCCCGGGCGGAAACAGUAGUGAAGAGGAGGAGGACGAGGAAGACGAAGGAGAGCAUGGCAUGCAUCGAGAGGACAGCGACUCAGAUGGCCCUGUGCUUUAUAAAGAUGAAGACUCAGAUGAAGAUGACGAGGAUGAACCCCCACUUAGUGCCCUGGCCAGCAGGGUCAAGAGGAAGGACACCUUGGCUCUAAAGCUGAGCAGCCGGCCCUGUGCCCCGGAGAGGGACAGGUUUGCCCAAGACAGGAGCAACAGAGAGGACCAACCUCCAGGACAGACCGGCCUCACCUGGCAGAGCAGGGAGCAGUGGGAUGCCAUCCGCACACAGAUCGGCACUGCACUCACUCGGCGACUUAGCCAGAGACCCACUGCUGAGGAGCUGGAGCAAAGAAACAUCCUUCAGCCUAGAAAUCUGGCUGACAGACAAGCAGAGGUUAGAGAGAUCAAGCGGCGGCUGACCAGGAAGCUGAGUCAAAGACCCACAGUUGCAGAACUACAGGCAAGAAAAAUCCUGCGUUUCCACGAGUAUGUGGAAGUCACAGAUGCUCAAGAUUAUGAUCGGAGAGCGGACAAGCCGUGGACCAAGCUGACUCCGGCGGACAAGGCGGCCAUCAGGAAGGAGCUCAACGACUAUAAGAGCACUGAAAUGGAGGUGCAUGAAGAGAGCAGAAUCUACACGAGGUUUCAUCGGCCUUAGCCCCCCAUCUUCUCUUUGUGGAUUAUGAAGCACUUAAGAUCUCUGCGUGGUCAGAAGCUGCUCCCUAUGCAGACAGAUCGCCCUUUUACGUUUCCCGAAUGUACUGUACAGAUUAUCAGGGAAAGCCUGGAACUGACUCAAAACAAGAAUGCUUCUUGCUUGCCCUCCAUCGCCCUCCCACUACAUUGCUUUGACUGAACUGAGGUGGUGGUGGUGGUGGUGGUGGUUGGGGACCAGAUGCAGUAUUUCUCCUGGACAACAGGGGGAACCACGUGCCAAUGAAGGGGGAAGUGGCGGAGGACCUACAGGGCUUACUCUGCUGUUGUUCGGUACCCCUCAGGGACUUGGAUCUAGUUACAACCUUUAACGCGGCCUCAUUCUGUGUUGCCUUUUUUUCUUCUUCACUGUAUAUGGAAAAGCUAACUCAUAUUGUUAAUGUAAUAACAUACAAUAAUAAUAGUAAUAAUAACGAUGAUGAUGGUGAUGAUUAUAACACUCCACACAGUAAUAAUAGAUAAGAGGGAAGCGGCUGCAGCGACGAAGACUGGGAUAUUCUGUUAUAGGACUGGACAUCUCUGGGAUAUUGUGUGUUUUAUAUAAAUUGUGUACAGACUGCUAUUGUUAUACCUUAGAAUGAAACUUGGAAAGUUCUUAUUACAAAAUAUUCUGUAAUGCACAAGAUAUUUUAUAUUGUAACUUUGAUCACAUGAGUAGUUACAGCUUUUAUUUGAGCCUUUUUUUAAAGUUUAUUUGGCUUGCCUGUAUUUAUGGUUGUGAUGUGAGGUGGCCAUUUAAGCGUUAAUCUAGAUAUAGUAAAAGGUCAGGAGGCUGGUUGGUGUUUUUAUGUGUGCCAACUUACUCGAUGCCUAAAGGACUAUAGAAAACUGGUUUUCAUAUCACUGAUUUCUGCAAUUCACUGCAUGAGCCAACACAGAAUCCAAUGCCAUUGGAUCUGGAUCUUCUCUCUUCAUUUAUACUUUUUUAUGAGUUUUUGUACUUCCCUUUAAAGAUCAAACAUGCAAUGCAUUCUGUAGCUAUUUUGGAUAAGGUGAUGCUAUAGUAGGGUCUAUACUAGAAGUUAAUGUAAGUUACUGUGCGUGUAGAUCAGGGAUUUAUCAAAACAAAUCAGAAAAUAUAUAAACGGUUAACAGGGAGUCAUUUUGGCUGGAACAUUUUGAAACUGCAGAAGCGUUUUGUCUUAAGUUGUUGUCUGGCCAGUAGCUUACAGGGUUCUUCAUGCUGUGUACAGGUUGAUAUAGGUUUAACUGAUGCUUGUGAAUAUCUUUGUCUUCCUUUCAUUUGAAAAGAACAUUUAAAUAUAAAAGUAAUAUAGGUUGCUAUUUUUUUAAGCACAAAAUAUUAGUUUACGAUAAAUGCUACAAGAAUGGGAAUAUGAAAGUGUACCUUUUCUGUAAAAUUAAGUUCCUUUUUAAUUGAAUGUGGAAUUGUACGGACUGACAGUUUUCUUUUUAAUUGUAAAUAGUCACAUCUGGAUCUGAUUAAAAACCUUACAAAUCCUUGAAA